GCCACAGGGCCAGUCAUCGAGUUUCCGAGGGAGUGGCAGAGCGAGCGGUCGUGUUGCUUGUCUACGUAGUGCAUACUGCUUCGUCCGCUCUAAUAACCUAGCUACUUCGCACUCGCCCGUGAUUGUCAAGUCGGGGCCAAGAGAGUUCACUGGCACUCGAAGACUCUAGCCGGGGUCAUUGCCGCACGACCGCCAAGUCAACAAUAAGGCCAUAAGAUGCUAAUAUCAUGGAGCAGAUUAAUUUUUAUACAAGUCUGUAUGACCUAUACAAGCCGGUUGGUUCUAGCACAGACUCACGAUGCCCCGGAUUCAGAGCCUGUAGUAAUCCAACUUACGGAAACCACAAACCAUGGAAGUCAACUUUCAGAAAAAGAUCCGGAGAACUGCCGAAACAUUAGCAUAGUAGGCAAUGACUUCAUGCUGAAUGGUGAACCUCUAUGGACAAGGUCAGGUUCCCUUCAUUAUUUCAGACUACCUUCCGAAUAUUGGAGGGAUCGUUUGAGGAAAUUAAGAGCAGCUGGACUAAAUGCUGUAUCUACAUACGUUGAAUGGAGCAGUCAUGAACCCGAAGAAGGGCGGUAUCAGUUUGAGGGGGACAAUGAUAUAGCUAGCUUUAUAAAGAUAGCUGCUGAAGAAGACUUAUACGUGCUUUUGCGACCAGGACCGUAUAUAUGUGCUGAAAGGGAUUUGGGAGGUUUACCAUAUUGGUUAUUAAGCAAAUAUCCAAACAUACGAUUGCGGUCAACAGAUAGCGACUUCAUGAAAGAAACAAAUAAAUGGAUGGCAAAACUCUUUGAACAUGUGGAGCCUUUGUUGUAUGGGAACGGUGGCCCCAUUAUUUUAGUCCAGGUAGAAAAUGAAUAUGGUAGUUACGGUGCAUCUAAGCCGUACAUGGAAGCAGUUCGUGAUAUAUUACAACAACAAGUGCAAACAAACGCUUUGCUGUACACCACUGAUGGCCCAUACCGGUCAUACUUCUACGACGGAUCAGUGCCUGGAACACUUACUACUAUUGACUUCGGCCCUUCUAACAAUGUAACACAUAUGUUCAAAGAACUUCGUGCAUUUAUGCCUGUUGGGCCAUUAAUGAAUUCUGAGUACUAUCCCGGAUGGUUGACACAUUGGAGUGAAAAUUUACAACAAGUAUCUACAGAACGAGUUGUAUAUACACUGCGCGAUAUGCUGGACAACAACAUUAAUUUUAACUUUUAUAUGUUCUUUGGAGGCACUAAUUUCGAAUUGACGUCUGGUGCAAAUUAUGGAUCUUUUUAUCAACCAGAUAUCACAUCCUAUGACUACGACGCUCCUUUAUCGGAGGCGGGUGAUCCGACACCAAAAUACAAUGCCAUUCGCGAUACACUAGCUGAAUAUGAUUUAGUACCUACAAAUAUACCAGCGCCUAAACCAUCUAAUAAGGGAGCAUACGGACAAAUAUCAGUUAGCCUAAAAGUAAGCCUUCUAUCUGACAAAGGCCGUUUGGCGUUAGGAGUUAAAUACAAAGAUGUCGUUGGUCCAAAUCUACCAACUUUUGAGGCAUUGAAACAACGUGGAGGGCUUAUACUAUAUGAAACAACACUCAAUGAAACAGAUGGCCUUUUAGAAAUAAAAGGUCCCCGUGAUUGGAUUUUUGUCUUUAUUGAUAACCAACUACAAGGUGUUAUUAAUAGAAUGCAGAAGUUGUACACACUUAGCAUAAAAGCUAAACCAGGAUCUAUAUUGUCGUUGCUGGUAGAGAAUCAGGGACGAAUUAAUUUUGGAAAGAGACUCCACGAUUUCAAAGGAAUAUUAAGCCCAGUUUCUCUUAAUGGCAAUGAUUUGGACGGGACAUGGUCUAUUACUGGAUAUCCUUUAGACAUCAAAAAGAAUGACUUCUCCGCACUAAACUGUGACCAUGAAGUAAUAAAUAGCGCUACCCCUGCUUUGUAUGAGGGACAACUAGUUCUACCAGAUGGAGAAGAACCUCAAGAUACGUUUAUUGAUCCCACAGGCUGGGGGAAGGGCUACAUUUAUGUAAAUGGAUACAAUCUUGGCCGAUAUUGGCCAUCUGUGGGACCACAAGUGACGCUUUAUGUACCAGGUGUUUGGCUAAAACCAGCUCCUGCUCAAAACUCAAUUCAAAAAAUGGAUGACAACGAAGACUUGACCUGUGCAAUCGGGCCCCCGUGUACUCUAGUGCUUGCAGAUGGCACCGUCUUUCAAGGCAACAGUUUUGGAGCGCAAGUGCCCGUCGAAGGGGAAGUCGUAUUCCAAACGGGCAUGGUAGGUUACCCAGAGUCAUUGACCGACCCUUCCUACCAUGCACAGCUGCUGGUUCUGACGUAUCCUCUCAUCGGCAACUACGGCGUGCCUGACGAAAACGACUUCGAUGAACAUGGUAUACCGAGAUGGUUUGAAUCAAAGCGUAUUUGGGCAGCUGGAUUGAUAGUAGGCCAAGUGAGCACACAUGCUAGUCACUGGCGUGCGCGUCUUUCUUUGGGCAAGUGGUUGACCGCUCAUGGGGUUCCUGGUCUCUGCAACAUCGACACUCGGGCUCUAACGUACCGACUUCGAGAAGGUGUCACUUUGGGCAGAAUAAUACAAGGAACUCCUCCAUUCGGAAUCCUGCCACAAAUACAGGAUCCAAACUUAAGGAACUUAGUCGCUGAAGUUUCAAUUAAGGAAACAAAAACAUUUAAUCCCGAAGGCGAAAUUACAAUAAUGGCAAUAGAUUGUGGUUUGAAAUACAAUCAGAUAAGAUGUUUAAUAAAAAGGAACGCCAAAGUUAUAUUAGUACCGUGGAAUUAUAAGUUCGACCCAAACUCUUAUGACGGUUUGUUCAUUAGCAAUGGGCCUGGUGAUCCAGAGGUUUGCAAAACAGUUGUGGAGAAUUUAAGAGAAGUAGUAGAAAAUAGUGCCAUAAUAAAACCUGUUUUCGGAAUAUGUCUCGGUCACCAACUUCUUGCGACAGCUGCAGGCUGUAAGACAUACAAAACACGUUACGGGAAUCGUGGUCAUAAUUUGCCCUGUACACAUAAUGGCACAGGAAGAUGUUUUAUGACAUCGCAGAAUCAUGGAUUCGCUGUAGAUGCUAAUACAUUGCCUGAGGAUUGGGAGAUUUUAUUUACCAAUGAAAACGAUAAAACAAAUGAAGGCAUAAUUCAUAAAUCACUUCCCUAUUUCAGUGUACAGUUUCAUCCAGAACACACAGCAGGCCCCACAGAUCUUGAAUUGCUUUUUGACGUGUUUAUUGAAACCGUAAAAUCAUAUAAGAAAAAUAAACAGCCUGCUAUUGGUAAAAUAAUUUGCGAGAAACUCAAGUACACUCCGACUUUACAUGAAAAGCCCAAAAAAGUGUUGAUCCUUGGUUCAGGUGGUCUAUCUAUUGGCCAAGCAGGAGAAUUUGACUAUUCUGGCUCUCAAGGAGUAAAAGCAAUGCACGAAGAAAAAAUUCAAACUGUUCUUAUCAAUCCAAACAUCGCAACAGUACAAACGUCAAAAGGCUUGGCUGACAAAGUUUAUUUUCUACCAAUCACUCCUGCAUACGUGGAACAAGUAAUUAAAGCAGAGCGGCCCACAGGAAUACUACUAACUUUUGGAGGACAAACGGCCUUAAAUUGUGGAGUUGAAUUAGAAAAGUCAAAAGUGUUUGAGAAAUAUAAUGUUGCUGUUUUAGGCACCCCGGUGCAGUCUAUAGUAGACACUGAAGAUAGAAAACUAUUUGCAGAAAAAAUAAAUGCUAUUGGUGAAAAAGUAGCACCGAGUGCUGCUGUUUCUUCAGUUGAAGACGCCUUAAUAGCUGCGAAACAAAUUGGGUAUCCAGUAAUGGCACGUUCAGCAUUUUCCCUUGGUGGACUUGGAUCAGGGUUUGCUAAUAAUGAAGAAGAGCUUAAAGCACUUGCACAUCAGGCACUAUCACAAUCUGAACAACUUAUUAUAGAUAAGUCGUUAAAAGGGUGGAAAGAAGUUGAGUACGAGGUUGUAAGAGAUGCCUAUGAUAAUUGUAUAACCGUAUGUAACAUGGAAAAUGUAGAUCCAUUAGGUAUCCAUACAGGAGAAUCAAUUGUAGUGGCACCCAGUCAGACACUAUCUAACAGAGAGUAUUACUUAUUACGAAAUACCGCGAUAAAAGUCAUCAGACAUUUUGGAAUUGUAGGUGAAUGUAACAUACAAUACGCCCUAAAUCCGUAUUCGGAGGAGUUCUAUAUAAUAGAAGUGAAUGCCAGAUUAUCCAGAAGUUCUGCAUUAGCCAGCAAAGCUACCGGAUAUCCACUAGCUUAUGUUGCUGCAAAAUUAGCUCUCGGAAUACCUUUACCAACAAUUAAAAAUUCUGUUACUGGUGUGACUACAGCAUGCUUUGAGCCUAGUUUGGAUUACUGUGUUGUUAAAAUACCUAGGUGGGACUUGGCAAAAUUCAACCGAGUAAGUACAAAAAUUGGAAGUUCUAUGAAAAGUGUAGGAGAAGUAAUGGCUAUUGGCAGAAACUUUGAAGAAGCAUUCCAAAAAGCUUUAAGAAUGGUGGAUGAAAAUGUCAAUGGUUUUGAUCCAUACAUAAAAAAAGUAAACGAAAAUGAACUUAAAGAACCAACCGAUAAACGAAUGUUUGUCUUGGCAGCUGCUCUUAAAAAUAAUUAUAGCGUCGAGAAACUAUACGAACUGACUAAAAUUGAUCGUUGGUUUCUUGAAAAAUUUAAAAAUAUUAUAGAAUAUUAUGAAACACUUGAAUCCAUUAGUUCUGGAUCAAUUUCACAUAAUAUCUUAAAAGCUGCAAAACAGAUUGGAUUCUCAGAUAAACAAAUUGCUGCUGCUAUAAAAAGCACAGAAUUAGUCGUAAGGAAAUUGCGAGAAGAAUAUAAAAUUACCCCAUUUGUCAAACAAAUCGACACAGUAGCUGCAGAAUGGCCAGCUUCAACAAACUAUCUUUAUCUUACAUAUAAUGGCAGUACGCAUGAUAUAGAUUUUCCAGGUAAUUUUACUAUGGUUCUUGGAUCAGGCGUAUACAGAAUUGGUAGUUCCGUGGAAUUCGAUUGGUGUGCUGUAGGAUGUCUUAGAGAGUUAAAAAAUCAAGAAAAAAAGACCAUAAUGGUUAAUUACAAUCCUGAAACGGUUAGUACAGAUUAUGAUAUGAGUGACAGACUAUACUUUGAGGAAAUUUCUUUUGAAGUUGUUAUGGAUAUUUACAAAUUAGAAAAACCUGAUGGUGUCAUAUUGUGUAUGGGAGGCCAGUUACCUAAUAAUAUUGCUAUGGAUUUGCAUAGGCAGCAAGCUACUAUCCUUGGCACAUCUCCUGACAUGAUAGAUAAUGCAGAAAACAGAUUUAAAUUUUCAAGAAUGUUGGACCGAAAAGGAAUUUUGCAACCAAGAUGGAAAGAACUUACAGAUCUUGAAUCUGCUAUUAAUUUUUGUGAAGAAGUUGGAUAUCCAUGUUUGGUCCGACCCUCAUAUGUGUUAAGUGGAGCCGCCAUGAAUGUUGCAUUUUCAAACCAAGAAUUAGAAACCUAUUUAAAAUCAGCAAGUCAAGUAAAUAAAGAACAUCCUGUUGUAAUUUCAAAAUAUAUACUAGAUGCUAAAGAAAUAGACGUCGAUGUCGUUGCAGCUGAUGGAGUUAUACUAUGUAUGGCUGUCUCGGAACACGUAGAAAAUGCAGGUGUUCACUCUGGUGAUGCUACGUUGGUAACUCCACCACAAGACAUUAAUAAUGAAACUCUGGAUAAAAUAAAAGAAAUAGCAAGAGUAAUAGCAGAGACGCUUGACGUUACUGGUCCAUUUAAUAUGCAGCUUAUUGCGAAGAACAAUGAACUUAAAGUUAUAGAAUGUAAUGUGAGGGUUUCCAGAUCAUUUCCAUUUGUCUCUAAAACUUUGGACCACGAUUUUGUUGCCAUGGCAACCAAGGUUAUUUUAGGUAUUCCCGUUGAGCCUAUCAACGUUAUGGGCGGAUGUGGUAAAGUUGGAGUUAAGGUGCCGCAGUUUUCGUUCUCACGGUUGUCUGGUGCCGAUGUGACGCUUGGAGUUGAAAUGGCGUCAACAGGCGAAGUUGCCUGUUUUGGAGAAAAUCGUUAUGAGGCUUACCUUAAAUCUUUGAUGAGUACUGGAUUUAGGAUUCCUAAGAAAGCUAUUUUAUUAUCUGUAGGGACGUUUAAGCACAAAAUGGAACUAUUACCGAGUGUACGCAUACUGCAUAAACUGGGAUAUAAGCUUUACGCUAGUAUGGGCACAGGAGAUUUUUAUACAGAACAUGGUGUUGAGGUCGAGGGUGUACAAUGGAAAUUCGAUCACAUCGGAGAUCUUGACGAUGCAAGAUCAGAUGGAGAACUCAUGCAUUUAGCGGAUUUCAUAGCUCGACGAGAACUUGACCUAGUGAUCAAUUUGCCAAUGCGAGGCGGAGCUCGUCGAGUUUCUUCUUUUAGCUCGCAUGGAUAUCGAACUCGUCGGCUUGCUGUAGAUUAUGCUGUGCCAUUGGUCACUGAUGUCAAAUGUGCCAAGCUUCUUGUACAGGCAUUGUCACGAUGUGGUGGUGCUCCGCCAAUGAAAACACAUACUGAUUGUAUGACUUCCCGUAAUAUAAUAAAACUGCCUGGCUUUAUAGACGUUCAUGUGCAUGUUCGCGAGCCUGGAGCUACUUAUAAAGAGGAUUUCGCCUCUUGUACCGCCGCUGCUCUCGCUGGCGGUGUAACCAUGAUAUGUGCUAUGCCGAAUACAAAUCCUCCUGUGGUCGAUCGGGCUUCAUACGAUUAUGUUUCAACAUUAGCUCGAGUAAGUGCUCGUUGUGACUACGCACUAUUCGUAGGUGCUUCCACUACUAACUGCGAAACAGCUGCUGAACUAGCACCACACGCAGCAGCACUAAAAAUGUACCUAAAUGAAACUUUUACUACUCUAAAACUUGAUGAUAUGACUGUGUGGCAAAGGCAUCUUCAAAACUGGCCUAAGAAAAUACCCAUUUGUGCACACGCAGAGCGUGAAAAGACUGGAGCAAUAAUUCUUAUGGCAUCUUUGAUCGAUAGACCCAUCCACAUUUGCCACGUCGCUAGAAAAGAGGAAAUUUUGAUCAUAAGGGCAGCUAAAGAGAGAGGUUUAAAAGUGACAUGUGAGGUUUGUCCACAACAUUUAUUUUUAAGUACAGAUGACAUAGAAAAAAUUGGCAAAGGACGAGCAGAAGUUCGUCCUGUUCUUUGUAGUCCUGAAGAUCAAGCUGAAUUGUGGAAAAAUAUGGAUAUAAUAGAUAUUUUUGCUACCGAUCACGCACCACACUCUGUAGAAGAAAAGGAUUCAGAAAAACCUCCACCGGGUUAUCCAGGUUUAGAAACAGUUUUACCACUUCUUUUGAACGCAGUACAUCAAGGACGCCUUACUAUGGAUGACUUGAUUAACAAAUUUCACAAAAAUCCACGCAAAAUAUUUAACUUGCCCGAACAAUGGAAUACGUACGUAGAAGUGGAUAUGGAUUAUGAAUGGGUAAUACCUCAAGCAUUAGAAUUCUCAAAGUCAAAAUGGACUCCGUUUGCUGGUAUGCGAGUUUGUGGUGCCAUUCACCGAGUAACCUUACGUGGAGAAAUAGCAUAUGUGGAAGGCCAAGUUUUAGUACCACCUGGCUUUGGUCAAAAUGUUCGCGAUUGGCCAGCCCCAAGAAAACAACCAUUCACGGGGAUUGAAAAGACUGAAAAAGAAACAAGCCGACCUAGUUCUUCUUUAGAUAUAUACGGUUCUCUAGAUCUGAGUAGAUUGAGUGACUCGGAUAUAGAAAAAGUUGAACCAAUGAAGGACGAAAAUAAGCUGAACGUGCACUUUAAUGAGGUGCCUGGUUUGAGGAGUGUAUCACCUUUACCUCCUCAAACGACUACAAGGCAAAGGUGUGACAGUUCCUCUUAUCCUCAAACAGUAAUAUCCCAACGCCAAAGGAGUGAUUUAUUUGGGAAAAGUAUUUUGACAGUCGAUACUUUUGGAAAAGAAACUUUAAAUGAUAUUUUCAAUCUAGCACAGUUUAUGAAAACGAGCGUAAAUAAAGGACGAGUUUUAGAUGAUAUAUUACGAGGCAAGGUUAUGGCGUCAAUAUUUUAUGAAGUGAGUACACGAACAAGCUGUAGUUUCGCAGCUGCUAUGCAAAGGCUAGGCGGAUCGGUAAUACAUACAGACGCCACUAGUUCGUCCGCUAAAAAGGGAGAAACACUUGAAGAUAGUGUUACAAUAAUGGCUAGCUACGCAGACGUUGUUGUGUUGCGACAUCCAGAACCCGGUGCUGUUACUCUUGCGUCACGUCAUUGCCGAAAGCCUAUUAUUAAUGCAGGAGAUGGAGUAGGCGAACAUCCUACGCAAGCACUGUUAGAUGUUUUCACAAUUAGGGAAGAAAUUGGUACAGUCAAUGGUCUUACCAUAACUAUGGUUGGAGACCUAAAAAAUGGCCGAACAGUCCAUUCAUUAGCUCGGCUGCUGACGUUAUACCAAGUGCAAUUGCAGUAUGUUAGUCCUCCGGGGCUUGGAAUGCCCAAGCAUAUCAUGGAGUACGUAGCUUACAAAGGUAUCCCUCAAAAAGUUUUUGAACGUUUAGAAGACGUAUUGGGGGAUACGCAUGUUCUUUACAUGACAAGAAUACAACGCGAAAGAUUCGUUAGUCAAGAAGAAUACGAAAAGACGCGUGGUUUGUUAGUGGUCACUCCACAAUUAAUGACAAGGGCUCGACGUCGUAUGAUAGUCAUGCAUCCGCUUCCACGUGUUGAUGAAAUAUCACCGGAAUUUGAUUCAGAUCCACGGGCUGCUUACUUCAGACAAGCAGAAUAUGGUAUGUACGUACGGAUGGCAUUACUUGCCAUGGUGAGCGGAGUAAAUCCGCUGACUUGAUUAUAAAAUAACAGUCGAUUCUUACAAUAACAAUCAAUUGUAUAUUAUGUGUUAAAUUACAUACUUACUUAAUUGUUAAAUAAUAAAGUAUUUUU